CUAUCGAAUGCUUCGAGUUUAAGUACUCAGUCCAGAUACUUUCUUUUUUCGCUAUAAACCUAAGUCCUCUAACUCUGGGAAUUACGAUCACACAUCUUUCACCACUACUCUAAGUCGUCAGACGGUGAGAAAAUGAGUGCAAUCCAUAAUAACACGGCCGUUGCUUCAUCGGACGAGAAACCUGAAGAAUCCGGCUUAACUCCCAGCCAUGAAGACCAGUCAGAGGAGCAUGAAUUCGCCCACAGAAACAGAGGCGUAGUUGAGGAGUACCCGAAAGGAUUGCGCCUAGUCCUGCUCGCCGGAGCUUCCAUAAUGGGCGUCUUUUUGAUAUCCUUGGACCAGACCAUCGUCGGCACAGCCGUUCCCAAGAUCACAUCCGAGUUCGGUGGCCUGAACGAUGUCUCCUGGUAUAGCGCAGCGUAUUUUAUGACAUUCGGCGGCUUCGAAGCAUCGUGGGGUAAGGGGUUCCAAUACUUCGAUAUCAAGUGGACCUUCAUCACAACCUUGGCUAUCUUCGAAAUCGGCAGUCUGAUAUGUGCUCUUGCCCCCAACUCGGUCGUUUUAAUUGUUGGCCGGGCCAUCGCUGGCGUGGGCGCCGCUGGAAUUUCGGUUGGUGGUACCAGUAUCGUUGCGUUUAGCGCUCCACCAAAGACACGACCGAUUCUCAUGGGCUUCAUUGGCCUGACAUAUGGCCUGGCUUCUGUUUUGGGACCCAUCAUUGGAGGUGCCUUCACAGAUCGCGUUACCUGGCGCUGGUGCUUUUACUUAAACUUGCCCAUCGGAGGGUUCGCCGCUGUUAUAGUCCUCUUCUUCUUCCACCUCCCAGCUGCCGCAAAACCUCCACCGGUUACUCUCAAGCACAAGUUGCUGCACCUAGAUCCCGUCGGUGUUUGCCUGACCACGGCGGCCAUCAUUUGUUUCAUCCUCGGCCUUCAGUAUGCGGGAACUACGUACCCGUGGCGGAGUAGCCAGGUCAUCGGUCUUCUUGUCGGCUUUGGGCUUCUUGUAAUUGCCCUAAUCGCUUGGUCCAUCUAUUUAGAUGAAUACGCCAUGUUGAUCCCGCGACUUUUCAAAAAGCGGGCUCUUUGGAGCGUGUGUCCUUACCAAUUCUUCUUUCUGGGCGACCUUAUCCUCCUCCUGUACUACCUCCCCAUUUAUUUCCAGUCGAUCAAAGGUACCACAGCUAUAGAAUCUGGCGUUGAUAAUCUGCCUAUUGUGAUCGCGGUCGCCAUCUUUGCUGUCGCUGGUGGUCUCUUCGUGGCCAAGACCGGCCGACCUACACCAACCAUGUUCAUCGGCGCAUUGCUUGCCACGGUUGGGUGCGGCCUCCUUUAUACCUUGGAAAUUGACACCCCGCCUGCGAAAUGGAUUGGGUAUCAGGUCCUUACCGGCGCUGCCAUCGCGUUCGCGGUCCAGAAUGGCCUCAACAUUGCACAGGCCAGCGUGAAUCCAGAAGACCUCCCAGCAGUCACGGCCAACCUCUACUUCUUCCAAACAAUCGGCGGUGCCUUUACGGUCUCUUCCGCCCAGGCUGCCUUUAUUAACCAAGCGCUUCUAAAACUGCGCACGUCGGCUCCCAGUGUCGAUGCAGCGCGAUUCAUUGAAACAGGUGCCUCUGAUCUCAGGAGAGUAUUUACGUCGACAGAGCUUUCUGGUGUCAUUACCGCAUACAUGUUCGGCCUCAAGGCAGCAUUUGCCGUCUCCAUUGCCUUUUGCGGCUGCGCAUUUCUGACUACCUUGGUCAUCCCUUGGGGCAAGCUUCCGACUCAUACAUCAGACUCGGAUAAGAGGGACGGACUGAGCUGA